AAAAUAAUGAAGUAUGUCAUAUUUUUAUUUCAACUUGAGGCUGGGGUCUGGCCCAGGCUUAGUUUGGUUGAUAAAGCUUGAAAAAAUAUAUUUUUAAUUUUUAAAUUUUUUUAAUAGAUUUUUCGCUGUAUAAAUGACAUGCCGUCAUCUCCUAAAAUGAUUCGUAGAUUUGUUACUAAAAAUAUAUUCUCCCAUACUGAACCAACGCAUAAAUAUUAUUGUCAUAAUUGCUGCACAGCUUUAGUUGACACGUGUAAAAUAAAUACUCAUUGUUCAUCCCAUAUCUUUAUAUUGGAUAUCAUUAGCCAAAUGAAACUUGUUUUAUUUCUGAAUUUGGAUGCAAUUAAAUCAUAUCAAUUGGAAAUUAUGUCAGGUAAAAGAAAGAGUGAUUUUAUUUCUAGACCAAAUUUUGUUGAAAAUAUGAAGUCUGCAAAUGUUUUACAUAUUCAUUUAUUGAUGUCAACAGAUGGUGGAGAACCAUACACAAAAAAAAAGAUUACAAUGUGGCCAUUUCAUGCUAUUAUUUUAGAUUUACCAUCUUAUAAACGAUUCCUAUUUGAAAAUACACUACUUCUUGGUUUAUGGUUCUCAUUAUUAAAACCUAAUUGGAAUGCUUAUUUAAAGGAGUACAUCAAUGGAAAACUGUUUGAAACACCCCUUGAAAUUAACAAUAUCCAAGUAGUUAUUCAUAUUGUUGGUUUUGUUUUCGAUUUGCCUGCAGUGGCUUCAAUCAUCAAUCAUAAGCAGUAUAAUGGUGAAUUUGGAUUUCACUAUUGCGAACAUCCUGGUAGAACAAUUGAAAGAAAACAUGGUUCCGCUAGAAUUUAUUCACAUUCAGAUACAAAUUAUAAUCUUAAAACAUCUGAAAUGUAUGCCAUAUAUGCUAGAUUAGCCGAAAAAUCAAAAGUAUCUGUAUUUGGAAUUAAAGGCUCAAACAUCUUUAGUGACAUUUCAUUUAUUAAAGUGCCAGUUAUGAUACUUAUUGAUGUGUUACAUUUGUUUUACGAAAAUUGCUCAAAAAAGCUUUUAGUUUGUUUAUUUUCUGUUACCAAUAAACACGAAUCAUUUUUUAUUGGUAGUGCAAAAUUAAAUGCUAUGGAAAUCUUACUUGCUGAUCAAAAAAUGCCACAUAACAUGCCCAAGCCAUUAACUAUUAAAUCAUUCACACAUUGGAAAGGCCAUGACUUUAAAAACUUUAUUUUAUACUUAGCAGUUCCAUAUUUUUUACCAUAUUUGAAUCCUGACUGCAUGAUGAUGAUUUAUUCUCUAGUAAUUGGUAUGCGUUUGUGUAGCAGUGAAAUAUGUUUAGAUAAGGUGUUGCUUAUUAGUCAGCUGUUUAACUUUUAUCAAAAAUCAUUGUCUGAGUUGCUUCCUUUAUAUAUGAAUACUAUAAAUGUUCAUUUGCUUGGUCAUGUUAGCGAUAUUAUUAAAAUGCAUGGAAGUGUUACAAAUUACUCAAUGUUUUGUUUUGAAGCUCGGCUAAGUAAUUAUAAAAAAAUGAUGAAGGGAACACAUGGUCAUCCACAACAGAUUGUACAAAAAUUUCUUGACUUCAAAACAGCUUCUUGUUUUUUGCAAACAACAGAUCAUCCUAAAAAAGUUGAAGUUUGUAAAGCAUUAAAUAUUGGCAUUAUUGAACAAGAAGAAUUGCAGUUGUUAAAUCCGGGCAGAUUGUUGAAACAUGGUAUUGUUUACCAUUCAAAAGGUUAUGGCAAACAUAACAGCUACACUUGUCAAUUUGGACAUAAUAAGUUUGGUAUCAUAUUAGAUUUUCCUUUAGUUGACAAUGUAAUACAUGUUCAGUUACAACUAUUGAAUGUGAAGUGUAAGUUAGUUUCUACUUUUGGUGAUAUGAUUGGAAAUUUGGAAAUUAACUUUGAUGAUGACUUUUUUUUUAUUGUUGAACAAACAAAAAACAUUGUUGUUAUUUCAGCUGACACUUUAGUCUGCAAAUGUAUAUUAAUUAAAAGUAAAUUAGAUACAAAAGAUGUAUUAAUUUUGACACCAUUGAAAGAACUUUUCGAAUAUGCUUAGGGUGGCUAAAUGUAAAUUUUGUAAUUAAUAAAUAUGCUUCACAUCA